AUGAUAAUCUUGAAAACCAUGAUCAGUCUUGUCACGUUAAGUAUCCUAUUAUUCGGACAAUCAAUAGUAGCCAGUCGUUCAUUUCAAUGGCCGACAUUCGGUGGUAGUCCUGCGCAUACUGGAUUUAUUCCAAUUAAUUUGAAUAUUGAAUCAACAACAGAUCAAGUAACGGAUCCCAAAUUAGUAUGGACGGGUAAUUUAACUAGAGGAUUAUCCUAUAGUACACUAUUUGCUGAUACUUUACUUGUAACUGGUAGUAGCAGAUUAACUGGUGAUAGCAAAUUAUUUGUUCUGAAUGCUUUAACGGGUAAAGUGAUUCAUACAAUCGAUUUACAUGCCGCGAGUUAUACGGGACCGCCGGUCGGCGGAUUUGAAUACAUGGCUUAUGUACAGUCAGUUGGUGAUCUGCAAGGCAUAUAUUUACAAGCUAUCAAUUUGAUUACCGGUGAUAUCAAAUGGACGGCUAGAGGUGGUGCUCAAUGGCCUAGCUAUCCAUAUGGAGCAACACCAGGAUUGAAUUAUAUCUAUAUGGCUGGCGGGACAUACAAUGGACAGUUAUUUGCCGUUGAUCCUUAUAAUGGUACCAUUGUAUUUAACACUGGCGUUGUCGUUUCCUCUUUCAGUUGCGAUUGGUGGACUCCGACCGUGUACAACAACAGAGUAUUCUAUAAUUCGCAACCAGGUCAAGGAUCUAAUGGUGUAUUUGGAGAAGCUAAUCCCGAUACCGGUGCUGUACUUUGGAGUGUUCCAUUAAACAGUGAAUGGGACGGAUAUUCAACAUAUUGGGUACCUGCUAUUAUGAACGACAUUGCCUUGGUGUCCACUCGCCGUACUUAUGGUUCCAUAGAGUUUCAUGCAAUUGGUCUCAAUUCACAUGACAUCUUGUGGAGCUAUUCUUGUCCUAAGGCCUCUGUGAUUGUAAACGGAUCAUUCAAAGAUUUCUCGCCGUCCACUGAUGGUAUAUCAGCUUAUUUUACCUGUGCUGAUGGAAUACAUCAAGUCCGGACAAAGAGCGGUCAACUUGUAAAAAUCUUUUCUUGUGAAAAUUGUGCUGGUCAACCUAUAGUCACCAAAGAUUUUCUUAUUAUUAGUAGUGAUGGUAAUGGAACUAUGAUAUUCAAUAGAAAAUCUGGUGCAAUAUCGAUGCAUUUUGAAGAAAGUGGUAAUUUAGCGUUACACUCAAGUGCGAAAAUGCUAUAUAUUACAAAUUCUGUUACUGGCACUGUUUUUGCCUAUGCCAUCUGA